CGUCUUUCCCAGCAGCUUGACGGAGGCACGUGGCAGAUGCAGGCUCACCAUCCUGGCCUGCCGGCGCUGGAUAAGCGCUCUCUCUUGGGAGCUUGGGGCAGCGACGGCGGCGGCGGCGACGGCGGCGUGGUUAUCGCUCGCGGACACUCGCUCUCGUCCCCGGAGAGACCGCGUCUCGACAGCGCCGGCCGCUCCCAGGGACGCGCGGGACUCCCGCUGGCUGCGUCGAGCGAUGGUGCUCGCCCCCGGCAAGGCAGCGCGGAGGCAGAUGAGGACGACGGAGGCCUUCGUCACGACCAGGCCACGGUGGCAGCCCUCUCCGUUGCCUUCCCGCCGUCGACGUUCUCCACGCGUGGUCUCUCGCGGCCCAGCACCCCGCCCUCCCCACUCCUGUGCAGAUAUCAUGGCUUGAUCGAGACGGCCAUAGAUCAGCAAAUGCUGUCCCCGCUGUGCCCGGAGUGGAUGAAAGGCACGCUGUCCCUCCUUCCCGUUCCACUGAGGCUCUGCUGGAAGGACAAUCUGCACGACCUCACAAAGGAGGUGUGCGACGAGUACGAGCGCGCCAUGAAGAAGGCUGUCCUCGACUACGUCCUGCUGGACCGGCGCGAGCAGGCUCGCCUCGGACUCGCGGCGCUGCCCCCAAAGCCGUCCAACUCGGCUGGCAGAGAGCGCUUCCCGUGGCACGACGCCGUGGGCCGGGCACGCGACGCGCUGAGCGGCCGCCUCUACGCCACGCACCCCGUCAUGACGGCCGUCCUCGACAACUUCCAGCGCAGGUACGCCGAGUUCCGGCUGGUGGACGUGCCCGCGCUGCGGAACUCGAUGCCGCUGACGCUGCCGGCGCUGGAAGAGCACGUGCGCCGCUGCAGCCGGGACCGAGCGGCCGCCCUGCGCUGCUCGUGGCUUGUGGAGAGCCGCGACAGCGUGAGCCGCACCCGCGACGCCGUCGAGGCCUGGAUGCCGCAGGACGACGAGGUGCUGAGGACGAGGAGGAUGGACCACCUCUUCGGCAGCGUCGCGACGCUCAUGUCCAACCUGCUGCGCUCCAUUGUCACCGAGUCGCUCCGCGAUCUCGUGGCCGUGUUCGAGGAGCUGUCGGCCGGCAACGACUACGGCGAGGAGUACCCGCGCGGCGAGCUGGGCCUGCCCACCAAGCCGCUGCCCAUCAUUCUGUUCAUGGAGCCGGUGGAAGCGGAGGGCCCGUUGGCAUUGGGGGGCUCUGCAGCUGGCGAGGGGCCCCCCCUGCCGGGGGUGACGUUUGGCCCGUCGCUGGCCGAGGUGGCGGCCACCCUGGAGCGCUUGGUGGAGCACGUCGUGACGAGCGUGCAGGCCAUGCCGCGUCUCGAGCACCAGCUCUUCCAGGCCACGGACGCACAGGAGGUGAAAUUCAUCGGCGCCGUUCAGAUUCACGAUGAAAUUGUCGUCAGGGCCAAAGCACGAAUCCGAGUUGUUCUGGAAAACAACAGCCCCGGGCCCUCACGGUACCGCUCCGUGUACGGCCGCUUCGCGUACCUGCUGAACGGCGGCGCGGAGGCCCGGGCUCAGGCCCUCACGAGCCGCGAGCCGCCCAACCUGGGCGCGUCGGCGCGCGAGAUCGAGCGCCUGCGCGCGCUGGCAGGUGCCGCCUCGUCGCUGCCCACCGCCGUGCCCCUGCGCCUCUUCCUGCUCGACUGCUCCGCGCUCAACCAGUGGCUGACGGAGCGUGCGCGGAAGCUGGCGGCGGUCAUCGGCGGCCACGCGGCCUCCGCCUCGGAGAGGUUCAACCGCGAGGUGUGCGCGCGGUACGAGGCGGUGGUGGAGCGCGCCACGGGCCUGGCGGAGAGCACCUACGGCCUGGUGCAGCUGCAGGAGUACGUGGACAGCCUGCACACGGGCGAGCUGCAGCAUCUCAAGUUCCUCGCUCAUCUCGGUCAUUGUCUCCGUGUGAGAGUUAGAGAAUACUGUUUGGAGAGGUUAGAGACCGCAGCUGACAACCUCCUUUUCUUGAUGGACUACACGUACCUGUCAAAAGAGGACCUCAUCCUGAAUGGGAAUACCUUCUCGUGGCCCGUGCGAAUCCUGCCAAUUAUUCGCAACAGCGAGCUGCGGCUGCAGAAGCAGCACGAUGCGGCGGUGUCGGGGCUGGCGCAGCGGCGAGCGGAGCUGGAGCGGCGAAUCGCCGCCGUGGCGAGCGCCGUGCGGGACUUCGCGCGCAGGGACCGCGUCGCCGAAGCCGCCGCGCACCUCGCCCGGCUCGACGACGUGGGGCGCCAGGUCCGGGAGCUGCUGGAGGAGAAGUCGCUGAUCAACCGCGAGGAGGAGCUGCUGGGCACGGGCACCGGGAGCUCCUACCCGCAGAUCCUGGAGCUGCAGCAGGCGAAGGAGCCCUAUGAGCGGCUGUGGCGCGCCGCCGUGGCCCUGCAGAGCCUCGCCGACAGCUGCCUCGGCGGCCCCAUCCACCUCGUCAACGCCGAGCAGGUGGCCGACGAGGUGCAGACGCUGUGGAAGACGAGUUACAGGCUCACGAAGGUGUUCAAUCACCCCGAGAUGCACGGCCCCAUGCGAGUGGCCACCGCCAUCAAGGCGAGGCUGGAGAAGUUCAAGAUCAACAUGCCCCUCAUCACCGUCCUGUGCACGCCCGGCAUCAAGCAGCGCCACUGGGAGAUGAUGAGCGUCAAGGCGGGUGUGCCUUUGCCGGCGCGCGAGGAGACCUGCCUGCAGGAGGUGCUUUCCCUGGGCCUGGAGCGGCAGCUGGAGGCCCUGGCCUCCGUCAGCAACCUGGCGAGGAAGGAGCACACGCUGGAGGAGGCCCUCGCCAAGAUGGGCCGCGACUGGGAGCCCGUGCGCCUCACCCUGGUCCCCUACAAGGACACGGGCACCACCAUCCUCGCCUCCGUCGACGACGUACAGGUGUUGCUGGAUGAUCACAUGGUGAAGACGACGACAAUCAAAGGAUCCCCGUUCAUCGCUCCAUUUGAGAAGGAACUGACUGCUUGGGAGGCCAAGCUGCGGCUGCUGAAUGACAUCCUGGAGUCCUGGCUGAGGGUGCAGGCGGCCUGGCUCUACCUGGAGCCCAUCUUCGGCUCGGCCGACAUUCGCAGUCAAAUCCCCGUCGAGGGCAAGAUGUUCGAGACGGUCGACGCCAACUGGCAGAACAUCAUGGGGCUUGCCAAGGCGGAUACGAGGGUCAUGGCUGUGGUGGCUCAGGAAGGGGUUCUGGACAAGCUGAGGGAGGCCGAGUCUCUGCUGGAGGACAUACAGAAGGGCCUCAACCACUACCUAGAGACCAAGCGACUCUUCUUUCCCAGGUUCUUUUUCCUGUCCAACGACGAGCUGCUGGAGAUCCUCUCGGAGACGAGGGAGCCCCAGCGCGUGCAGCCUCACCUCAAGAAGUGUUUCGAGGGCAUCGCGUGUCUCACCUUCAACGCCGACAAGGAGAUCACGCACAUGGAGUCGGCUGAGGGCGAGAGGGUGGCGCUGGUGGAGAGGAUCGUCCCUGCGGAUGCGCGGGGUCUGGUUGAGAAGUGGCUCCUCCAGGUGGAGCGGGCCAUGAAGGCCUCGCUGCAGGAGGUGAUGGCCCAGGCAGUGGCCGCGUAUCCCGUGUCCCCACGAGCCCAGUGGGUGCUGAGCUGGCCCGGCCAGGUGGUGCUGGCGGGAAGCUGCAUCCACUGGACCUCCGAUGUCUCCAAGGCCAUGGAGCAGCCCGGGGGCCUGCUCGCCUAUCUGGAGCAGAGCGGCAGGCAAAUCGAGGAGGUGGUGGGGAUGGUGCGUGGGAAGCUCUCGAAGAUGGCUCGCAUCACGCUGGGAGCUCUGAUUACCGUCGACGUGCACGCCCGGGACGUGGUGGCGAGGCUGGCCGAGGCCGGUGUGCGCGGCACCGCCGAGUUCCCGUGGAUCGCUCAGCUGCGCUAUUACUGGGAGGUGGGGGGCACGCGCGUGUGCAUGGUGACCACCGGCGUGCCCUACGGAUACGAGUACCUGGGCAACACGGGCCGCCUCGUCAUCACCCCACUCACGGACCGCUGCUACCGGACACUCAUGGGAGCCUUGCUGCUGAACCUGGGUGGGGCGCCCGAAGGCCCAGCUGGAACGGGCAAGACAGAGACCUGCAAGGAUCUGGCUAAGGCCGUGGCUAAGCAGUGCGUCGUGUUCAACUGCUCCGACGGGCUGGACUACAGGGCCAUGGGCAAGUUCUUCAAGGGGCUGGCGCAGUGCGGAGCGUGGGCGUGCUUCGACGAGUUCAACCGCAUCGAGCUGGAGGUGCUGUCCGUGGUCGCCCAGCAAAUCCAGACGAUCCAGCGAGCGGUGGCCGAGCGGCUGCACAGCUUCGUGUUUGAGGGCACGGAGAUCGCGCUCGACUCGUCCUGCUCCAUAUUCAUCACGAUGAACCCCGGCUAUGCCGGCCGCGCCGAGCUCCCGGACAACCUGAAGGUUCUCUUCAGGACGGUGGCCAUGAUGGUGCCAGACUACACUCUCAUCGCUGAGAUCUCCCUCUUCUCCAUGGGCUUUGUCAACGCGCGCAGUCUUGCAGCCAAGGUGGUUGCCACCUACCGCCUGUGCUCAGAACAGCUGUCCUCCCAGCACCACUACGAUUACGGGAUGCGAGCUGUCAAGUCCGUUCUCACGGCGGCCGGGAAUCUGAAGCUGAAGUUCCCUGAGGAGAGCGAGGAGGUCUUGGUGUUGCGCUCCAUCACAGACGUCAAUCUGCCCAAGUUCCUCUCGCACGACAUCGCGCUCUUCAACAGCAUCAUCUCGGACCUCUUCCCUGGGGUGGAGCCCCCGACCCCCGACCACGGGGACCUGGAGGUGGCCAUCAGGGAUGUGAUUGCUCAGCAGCGCCUGGAGCCUGCGCCCUGGUUCAUCACCAAGAUCAUACAAGUUUAUGAGAUGAUGCUGGUGCGCCAUGGCUUCAUGCUGGUGGGAGGCCCUCUUGGAGGCAAGACGAGUGCCCUGAGGGCCUUGGCCGGAGCUCUUGGGGAACUGGAGCGGCGAGGCCUCAUGGGCGAGCGGCGCGUGGACUUCAUCAUCAUUAACCCCAAGGCCCUCAGCAUGGCUCAGCUGUACGGCAGCUUCGACCCCAUCUCUCACGAGUGGACGGAUGGCGUUCUGGCCACGGCUUUCCGGGCCCAUGCGAGCAGCGUCACGGGCGAGAGGAAGUGGUGCGUGUUCGACGGCCCCGUCGAUGCCGAGUGGAUCGAGAACAUGAACACGGUCCUCGACGACAACAAAAAGCUGUGCUUGAUGAGUGGAGAGAUCAUACAGAUGACACCGCACCAGAACAUGAUCUUUGAGGUGCUGGACUUGGAGCAGGCCUCACCAGCUACUGUCAGCAGGUGUGGAAUGAUCUACAUGGAGCCGACAGAUCUGGGCUGGCAGCCGCUCGUGCAGUCGUGGCUCAGAACUGAGCUCCCAGCGGCGCUGAGUCAGCAGCACAGAGCCACUGUGAAACUGCUGUUCGAGUGGCUGCUGCCUGUGUGCCUCGAGUACGGGGAGAAGCAGUGCAGAGCCGUGGUGAAGACCUCCUGCAUGCACGUGACGGCCUCCCUCCUCUCACUCUACUCGUGCUUGCUGGAGGACCUCAAGCUCCAGGAUGGGGAGUCCAGGACAGGCGAGGAGGAGGAGGAGGAGGAAGAAGAAGAGGAUGAAGUGGAGGAGCAGGGAGGUGCGAUGAAGGAACGCCGGAUGCCGGUGGGGCGGAGGGGAACUGCGGCGGCGGCGGCGGCAGCCCGUCUCGCCGAGCACCGCACCGCCCUCCUCACCGCCCACUUCCUCUUCGCCAUGGUGUGGGCCGUCGGCGGAGUCCUGGACCGGCCCUCCAAGGAGAGGUUCAGCGAGUUCUUCCGAAAGCUCUGCGAGCAGGACCCGAGGUACCCCUGCCCAGCGCAACUGAGGCUCCAGCGAGCGCUGCUCAUGCCCAAGACGUCAAACGUCUUCGGCUUCGUGUACCGGCAGCAGCAGGGCACCUCCUGGGCGUGGAGCCCGUGGAAGGAUCUGGUGCUGCCCUUCCACGUGGACGAUCAGCUCGAGCCAAGCGAGGUGCUGGUCGGCACGGCUGAGACGGCGCGAUUGGGCUUCUUCCUCGAGACGAUCCCACGCCGCGGUCGGCCGCUGCUGCUGGUGGGGCCGCCCGGCACGGGCAAGACGUGGGGCACGCGGGCCUUCCUGCGAGCCCUCCCCAGCGAGAGCCACGUGGCCUGCGAGCUGGCGUUCUCGGCGCACACGAGCGCCGUGCACACCCAGGACAGCAUCCUCGCUAAGCUGGAGAGACGCAAGAAAGACAUCUACGGUCCCCUGCUGGGCAAGAAGAUGAUCGUGUUUGUGGACGACCUGAACAUGCCUGCGAAGGGCCAGUAUGGAGCGCAGCCGCCCAUUGAGCUGCUGAGACAGUGGAUUGACCACGGCUACUGGUUCGACAGGCAAACAGGUGGAGAGGUGCAUCUGCAGGACACGGCGGUGGUAGCUGCCAUGGCCCCCGCGGGUGGCGGCCGCCACGAGGUCACGCCGCGCCUGCUCCGCCACUUCAACGUGCUCGCCAUCGACGCGUUCUCCGAGGACACCGUGAAGGGCAUCUUUCAGCCGAUCGCCGACUGGCAUUUCAGCCAGGGCUUCGAGACGUCGCUCAAGCGUUUUGCUCGCGUGUUGGUCUGGGCUACCACUGAAGUGUACACAGCAGCUGUGCAAAGCUUCCUGCCUACGCCGUCCAAGUCUCACUACAUAUUCAGCCUCAGAGACUUUGCCAGAGUGGUACAGGGCCUGAUGCUGGUGAAAGCCUCUUGCGUUCCUCUGGGUGACGACGGUGCCAGGAAAUUGAUGCGGUUGUGGGUCCACGAGGUGUGCCGCGUCUUCUCUGACCGUCUGGUUGACUCCUCUGACCAGCAGCUCUUCUUUUCCAUCAUUAAGAACGUGGUGCAGACUCAGUUCAAGGAGAAGAUGAGCAGCUUCUUCGCAAACCUGAUGAGAGGCCGAGAGCUGGGACACAGCGACAUGCGUGGCCUGUUCUUCGGAGACUUCAUGGGUGCCAAGUCGGUAGACGGCCGCAAGCGCGACUACGACGAGAUCGCCGACAUGGAGCAACUCAAUAAGGUGGUGGAGAAGUGUCUGCAGGAGUACAACGCAGCCAGCAAGGCCCCGAUGGACCUGGUGCUGUUCCAGUUCGCCAUCGAGCACGUGUCACGCAUCAGCCGCAUUCUGAACAUGCCCAACGGUCACGCCCUCCUCGUCGGGAUUGGCGGAAGCGGGCGGCAGUCGGCCACCAGGCUGGCGGCGUUCCUCGCCGAGCUCGAGCUGUCGCAGAUCUCCGGCCAGAAGUCGUACGCGGUGACCGAGUGGCGCGACGAUCUCAAGAGGCUGCUGCGGCGGGCAGGAGAGGAGGGCGUGCCCACCGUCUUCUUGCUCGCUGACCACCAGAUCAAGGAUGAAUCGUUUUUGGAAGAUGUCGGCAUGAUCUUGAACACUGGCGACAUUCCCAACCUCUUUGAAAGUGAUGAAAGGGUACACAUCAUCGAAAAGAUGCAGCAGCUGGCGCAGGCCGAGAACGCGCGGGAGGCGCGAUCCCCGCUGCUGGCUUACGCGAGCUUCGUGCGACGCGUGCGGCAGAACCUGCACGUGGUGCUCGCCUUCAGCCCCAUCGGGGACGCGUUCCGCGACCGUCUGCGCAGCUUCCCGUCACUCAUCAGCUGCUGCACCAUCGACUGGUUCCAGGCUUGGCCAGAAGAUGCUCUUGAGAAGGUGGCAAAUCAUUUUCUCGACGAUGUGGAAAUGUCCCAGGAGGUGCGGGAUGAGGCCGUGGUCAUGUGCAAGCACUUUCACCAAAGCGUGCGUGCCCUGUCAAAGAGAUUUUACGAGAGUCUCCAGCGCAGGACGUACGUCACCCCGACCUCCUACCUGGAGCUCAUCAAGACCUUCAAGAGCCUUCUGGAACGCAAGCGGCUGGAGCUGCUCACGCAGAAGAACCGCUACGUGGUGGGGCUGGAGAAACUCGACUUUGCUGCCUCUCAGAUCGCACUGAUGAAGCAGGAGCUCACAGAGCUGGAACCGCAGCUGAUUGAGAGGAGCAAGGAGACGGAGGAGCUGGUCAACAUCAUUGCCGAUGAGACUCUGGAGGUGGAAGCUGCCAAGGCGGUCGUGGAGUCCGAGGAGGCUACGGCCAAUGCGGCAGCACAGGCCGCUAAGGCCAUCAAGGAUGAGUGCCUGGAGAAGCUGAGCAUCGCGACGCCUGCCCUCAACGCCGCUAUCGCCGCGCUCGACACGCUCAAGUCGAGCGACAUCACGCUCGUGAAGACCAUGCAGAACCCGCCGUCCGGAGUGCGUCUCACCCUCGCCGCAAUCUGCGUUCUGAAGGGUAUAAAACCGGAGAAGAAGACUGAUGCAAAUGGCAAGAUGGUGGACGAUUACUGGCCGUCGUCCAAGAAAAUGCUGGGAGAUAUGAAGUUUUUGGAAUCCCUGAAGGAGUUCGACAAGGACAACAUCCCACCGAAAGUGAUCGCGCAGGUCCGCCGCGACUACAUCGGCAACCCCGAGUUCCAGCCGAACGUGAUCCGUAAUGUGUCUUCGGCGUGCGAGGGCCUCUGCAGUUGGGUUCGUGCCACCGAGGUCUACGACAAAGUGGCCAAGAUUGUGGCACCCAAGAGGGCGCGCCUGGUGGAGGCAGAGGCGGAGUUGGCGCUGCAGAUGGAGCAGCUUGAGGUGAAACGGGAGGAGCUGCGCGAGGUGAGCGCCAAGCUAGGUGCCCUGCAGGACCGCCUGGCACUUCGCCUCGCCGACAAACAACAGCUGGAGGACAGCAUCCAGCUCACGCGGUUGAAGCUGGUGCGUGCGGAGAAGCUGAUGAGUGGCCUGGGUGGGGAGAAAGAACGCUGGGCAGAGCUGGCAACCGUGCUGCACAACACCUACCAAAACAUUGUCGGCGAUGUACUCCUAAGCUCUGGGAUCGUGGCAUAUCUGGGGCCGUUCACCCCAGAGUUCAGACAGGAAAUCCUGCGUGAGUGGUACGCCAUGUGCAGAGAGAAGAGCAUCCCUGUCUCCCACGGUUUCUCACUGGCGGCCACACUGGGUGACCCCGUGCGCAUCAUGGAGUGGGAGCUGCACGGCCUGCCCAGGGACAUAUUUUCAGUGGAGAACGCGAUCAUCGUUACGUCGGCGCAGCGCUGGCCACUGAUGAUCGACCCACAGGUCCAAGCCAACAAGUGGAUCAAGAACAUGGAGAGGGCCAGCAAGCUGCACGUGUGCAAGCUCACCGACUCGGACUACGCCCGCACGCUCAGCAACUGCGUGCAGUUCGGUUACCCCGUGCUCCUGGAGAACGUCCCCGAGGAGCUGGAUCCGCUGCUGGACCCCAUCCUGCUGCGGCAGACCUUCCGGCAGGGCGGCGUGGAGUGCGUGCGGCUGGGCGACGCCGUGGUGCAGUACAGCGGCGACUUCCGCCUCUACAUGACCACGCGCCUGCGCAACCCGCACUUCUUGCCGCAGGUUUCCGUCAAGGUGACCCUGCUGAACUUCAUGAUCACACCCCGGGGGCUUGAGGACCAGCUGCUCAGCAUUGUGGCAGCAAGGGAAAAGCCGGAGCUGGAAGAGGCCAAAAAUCAACUCUACCUGGAAGGGGCCCACAACCGGAAACAGCUGAAAGAGCUGGAAGACCAGAUCUUGGAGGUGCUGUCUACGUCACAAGGCAACAUUCUGGAGGACGAGACGGCCAUUGCGAUCCUGUCAUCCAGCCGACAGCUGUCCAGCGAGAUUGCCGACAAGCAGGAGGUCACAGUGCGCACCGAGAAGCAGAUCGAUGAAACCCGAAAUGGAUACAAACCCGUGGCGUCACACUCCAGUGUCCUUUUCUUCGUCAUCUCCAACCUGGCGCAUGUGGACCCCAUGUACCAGUACUCGCUGGCAUGGUUCAUCGGGCAGUAUGUGCAGUCCAUCGCUUCCAGCCGGCCCUCCAGUGUCCUGCACGAACGCACCGAGGCCCUCAACAGUCACUUCACUUACAGCAUCUACACAAACGUGUGCCGCUCACUGUUCGAGAAGGACAAGCUGCUCUUCUCGUUCCUGCUGUGCGUGGGGCUGGCACGCAGCCGCGGCCGCGUGAGCGACGCCGACUGGCGCUUCCUGCUGACGGGCGGCGUGGCGCUGCCCAGUCCCUCCUCCAACCCUGCGCCGGCCUGGCUCGAGAACCGCUCGUGGGCAGAGCUGGCUCGCUGCUCUGACCUCCCCGGCUUCUCCGGACUUGCAGGACACUUCUGCGAGAACCUGGAUGAGUGGAAGACCAUUACCAACUCGCCUGCCCCCCAUGAGGCCCACCUACCGGAGCCCUGGGGCUCGCGUUUGACUCGCUUCCAACGGCUCCUCAUCCUCCGCUGCAUCCGACCAGACAAGGUGAUCCCGGCCGUGCAGCAGUACAUCGCUGAGGAGAUGGGCGAGCGGUACAUUGAGCCACCGCCCUUCGACCUGGCCCACAGCUACAGGGACUCGAGCCACGUCACCCCACUCGUCUUCGUGCUGUCACCCGGCGCCGAUCCGAUGGCGCUGCUCAUGCACUUUGCCGACGAGCGAGGUAUGGGAGGCUCCAAAAUCGAAACGAUAUCUCUGGGCCAAGGCCAGGGACCCAUCGCAGUUCGUAUGAUUGAAAAGGCAGCAAGCGAGGGCACCUGGGUGGUCCUGCAGAACUGCCACCUGGCCGUAAGUUGGCUAUCAGAGCUGGAGCGCAUCUGCGAGGAUCGGCUCCUGGAUCCGGACCGAACCCGAAGCGAGUUUCGGCUGUGGCUCACCAGCUACCCGAGCACGCGCUUCCCCGUCUCCGUGCUGGAGAACGGCGUGAAGAUGACCAACGAGUCGCCCAUAGGCCUCCGGGCCAACCUCCUGCGCUCUUUCCUCAAUGACCCCAUCUCCGAUCCUGCCUUCUUCAAUGGAUGCAACAAGCCCACGCCCUGGAAGAAGCUGCUGUUCGGCCUCUGCUUCUUCCAUGCACUGGUACAAGAACGUCGAACGUUCGGAUCGCUGGGUUGGAACGUUUCCUACGAGUUCAACGAGUCAGACUUGCGUAUCAGCGCACGGCAGGUUCAGAUGUUUCUCAACGAGUAUGAGGAGGUGCCGCUGGAGGCGCUCGCUUACCUGACGGGCGAGUGCAACUACGGCGGACGCGUCACCGACGAGCACGACCGGCGCCUGCUGCUGGCGCUGCUCGCCACCUUCUACUGCGAGCGCACGGUGUGCGACGACGCCUACCGCUUCUCCCCAACGGGCCGCUACGGCGCCCCGCCGGCCGGCGCAACCUACGAGUGCCACCUGGAGCACAUCAAGGGCCUGCCACUGCACGCCCACCCAGAGGUGUUUGGUUUGCACGAGAAUGCCAGCAUUACCAAGGAGCAAAAUGAGACCCAGAGGCUCUUUGAUGGCAUUCUACAAACACUGCCUCGAGAGACAUCAGGUGGUGGCAAGUCAUCUUCCGACUUUGUGCAGGAGCUUGCUACAGACAUUCUCUCCAAGAUACCCCCCAAAUUUGACAUUGAAGAAAUCAAGAGCAAGUUCCCGACCAGCUACAGUGAGUCCAUGCACACGGUGCUGGUGCAGGAGCUCGUGCGCUUCAACGGGCUCACGGGCACUGUGCGCAGCAGCCUGCGCAACGUGACGCGCGCCGUCAGCGGCCAGGCCCUCAUGUCGGCCGAGUUGGAGGACAUCUACAGCAGCAUCAUCCUCGGAAAGGUGCCUGCGAUGUGGUCUGCCAAGUCCUAUCCGUCUUUGAAACCCCUGGGAAGCUACGUGUCGGACCUGUUGGCAAGACUGCAAUUUUUCACUGACUGGAUAGAGAAGGGUGCGCCUUCCGUCUUCUGGAUCUCCGGCUUCUUCUUUACGCAGUCCUUCCUCACCGGCGCCCUCCAGAACUUCGCGCGGAAGCACAAAGUUCCCAUCGACCAACUGGGCUUCCAGUACCACAUCACCGAGCACGAGAAGCACGUGGCGGAGAGGCCUGACGCUGGCGUUUAUAUCACAGGUCUGUUCAUGGAAGGCGGGCGAUGGGACCGAGAGAAAAGAGUCAUCGGAGAGUCCCUCCACAAGAUUUUAUACGAAAGCCUUCCAGUGAUGUGGUUAAAGCCAGUGGAGAAGUCCACAACUGAAGAAACGUCAACAUACGCAUGCCCAGUGUACAAGACCAGCGCGCGGCGAGGGAUCGUCUCCACCACGGGACACUCCACCAACUACGUGCUCACCGUCAAGUUUCCCACCGACCAGCCAAGCAACCACUGGGUGACCCGUGGGGUGGCAUGCCUUUGUCAGCUCGACUACUGAGUCCCACCCGCAAGUGCCGCGCAAAAGAAGACGUUGCUGCACACAAAAUGCCCUGCGGCUGUACGUGUGACAUCCUUUGCACGAAUACAACAGUACAAACAUUCAGCAAUUUUGGAACUUUAAACAUUUUCCCAUUAUCCUUAGAAGUUAUAACACACCUUUGUGCACUCUUUAAAGAAACAGACAAAGAUACCACGUAUAGCCGAAACAGAUUGUGGGGGCAAGUGCUGUUAGCAAGCACUUCUGAAGGCCGGCACAGCACACAAGGGAGUGGGUGGCCAGCACCAUGCUCGGCCGCCUUUGUCUCCCGAGUGGCGAUAUUUACACACCGCACCAGGCACUCAUUUGAGGCUGAGUCGACCUAUGGGAGGCCCGGCACUGUUUCAAAUAGUCAUCACUGGUGUUGGCCAUGAGCGGGAAUCAAACUCAGGUCGCCGGGUUCGUAGCGCAGCACGCUAACCGCUACACUACCUCUCCCCAUAUGCACAUAUCAUUAUAAAUGGCUGUAAACACACGUUGAAUAGUGGACAUGAAACUUUCCAGCUUCACAAAAUAGGAAUUUGAAUUAAACAACAAGCCAUAUGUUAAUACAAUUCUACGAUGUGAGGAUAAGUGAAUGAGUCCCAACGCUCAGAUGACAUCUCACAAACAGUUACGCUCGCUUUGUUUACUUUGCAUGUGAGAAUGGUACGUGGCAUUAUUUUACGAUUCCUGGUCAUACAGAACAUGUGAGAAGGUGUACUGCCUAGGCCUCCUCGACACUGACUUAGGCUGACAUGAGUCCAUUAUCUGAUGUUAACAUCUGUUCUGGGGAGAUGAUGUAUGUCACACCAGCCUUACUAGGUGCUCACCAACUUCACUUGGUCCUACACCCUAUUAGGCUAAAUUUUGGAACCUUUAUUAUACGAUAAUAAUCUCAACUUGUAACACGCAUAGUGUUUGCUCACUCGGUAAGUGGGAAGGCAGCCAGGCGCUGAGCCGGCACCAAUAGUUGUCCAAGCUCUGCGGUUCCCUAUAUAUUAAGAUAUUUUCAGCCAAGUAAAUGUGUUUACAAAGUGGAAGGAAACAAGAGCACCCAGAGAAAACCCAGACGUGUGAGGGGACAACGCUCUAACGCUCUAUCCCAUGCAAAUGGAACAAGGUGGAGUCCACACAUCGACGCCCACAAGAAGGGAGUUUGACAUUUGCGUGUUCCACCAACCCUUGCCUCCACAGUGCUGGAUUACAGGCGUAUGCCACCAUUGCCCAGCUAUACACUGGUAGAAAGGUUACUGCUCACUGGAAUGGACAAACUUUAUUUUGGCCUUGAUAAUCUACCAAAGGUGUAGUUUUAUAGAUUACAACCAUGUAUUCAACAAUUGGACAGACUGAAAGGCAUUCUACAUUUUGAAAGUUACGUUACAUUUCCAUUUCUUAAUGUGGGGCAAGAAAAUAAUCGUAGUUUUGCAGCACAAUUAAACAUCCGUGAUUGCAGUCAUGCAAUAUAUCGAUGCCAGUUCUUAAGUAUAUUAUGUGAUUAAGUGUGUUUUGAAAUAGUUGUUGACAUAGAUAUUGCCGAGGGGUCCCCCCCCCCAACGCAAUAUAUGUUUGAAUUCAAUAAUGUACAGGUAAAUUAUGUAUUUUAAAAAAAUCAGUUUUCACUCGUGUAACCGUGUGCCCUUUCAAAAUAGUACAGUAUGCGAGGACUCCCCUUAUCCGCGGUGAUACGGGGGACCGGUAUCGUGGACCCUAUUAUCCACAGGGUUAUCUGCGAAUUUAUCUGUGGGGUAAAACAUUCUCAGAUAACCCCCUGGAUAGUAGGAAGAUGUAGGAUCUUGGGAAAAAUUGGGAUUUUCUUUGCGGACCCCACAACUGCUGCGGAUAACAGGAGUUGUGUAUAACAGGAUGGCGGGUAAGAGGAGUUCUGUAUAUGAAAGCAUUUGUUUACAUGUCAAUAGGAUAUCAAGAAAAGCAAGCACUUUGAAAUAAAAACAAU